AUGCAUUCAUCCUCCCAUCCUCCUCCUCCUCAUGCUUCAUCCUCCUCUCCCCUGUCAUUCGGAUCAACAUCAUCACUACCAUCCUCAUUCUCAUCACUCUCAUCAUUCUCAUCAUUCAUCAGUCAACAACAACAACAACAACAACAACAAUCAACAACCAAUCCUCCUCCUCCUCCUCCUCAGAAUGAUUCUCUUCUCUUAAAUUCUGUUCGUAUCACUCAUGAUUGUUAUCUUUCAUGUCUCUCUCAUGCAUUGACAUGCAGUGAAGAAGAAAUUAUGGGUCUAUUAAUAGGAUAUGUGGAUGAAGUGAAUGGAGUGAGUACAGUGUAUGAUUGUUGUCCGUUGAGAAGAUUGGAUAAGAGAAGAGAUCGAGUCGAAAUUUCACCAGAACAACUUGUCCAUGCUGCACAAAUGGCUGAACAUUUAUCAACUAAUUUCAAGUUGUCACGAGUCAUUGGAUGGUAUCAUUCUCAUCCUCAAUUUAUUCAUUUACCAAGUACCAUUGAUUUAAAUUGUCAAUUUCAAUAUCAACAAAUGGAUCGAGGAUUUGUAGGAUUAAUUAUUUCUUUAUUUAAUCAUGAAAAGAGAGAAUUGAAUCAUCAACAUGUUUCAAUGAGAAAUUUCAUCGAUGAUAAUGACAACAACAACUCCUCCUCGAGGAUUGGAAGUAUUAAAUUACAUGCCUUUCAAUCGAGAAGAGCUUUCAGACGACCAUUCAUUGCUGGUGUGAGUGCUGCUGGACAUUUCAAUCAUCACCGUGAUGAUGAAAUCGAUCCGAAUCGAUUGUUGACAAUUACCACUCCUCCUACUACUACCACCACCACUGGCAAUACCACUCCUCCUACUACCACCAAUACUCUUCAUUCCUUCAUGCCUUCAUUCAUGACGAAUAUGGAUAACUCCAUGAUGUUACAAGCUGUGAGCAUUCCCAUAGAAAUUAUUGAUGAUGAGAUGUUGAAAAGUGAAAUGAUCGAGUUCUCUCACCACUCCUCGAAGAGUAUUGUUGGUCAUAGUGGUCAUGGUGAUAUUGAUGGUCAUAGUGGUGGUGGUGGUGGUGGUGAUAAUAGUGAUCCAACCACACAACAAGAUCCUCCUUUUCAUUCAUCUUCCAUAUUGUAUUGGCCAAGAAAUUCUCUCCAACGAAUCAUUCAAAUUCAAGAAGCAAUUAUUGAUGAGGAGAGAGAUGAAUUUAAUAGAGCUCUCUCUUCUCAUCAGAUAUCCUCAAGCACUACCACACCUCCUACAACAAACUCAUCCAACAACAACAACAACAACAAAUUAUUCACAAAUUUCAUGUACAAUAGUUCCAUUUAUCAAGCGAAUUUGGUAAAUUUAAUUGAAAAUUGUUUAAAUCCUCUCAGAGAGUCAUUAAUGAAUGAAUUGGAAAGAAACUUGAAUGAAAUUCAUCAACUCCAAGAUCAGAAACAAUAA